AUGAACAAGGGCUUUACUGUGUGUUUUUAUUUUUAUUAUUGUCACAAACUUUUAUUCCAACAAACAAGUGAAUCUAUCUUUAAAAUUGGGUUUGGGUUUGGGUUUGGGUUUGGGUUUGGGUUUGGGUUUGGGUUUGGGUUUGGGUUUGGGUUUGGGUUUGGGUUUGGGUUUGGGUUUGGGUUUGGGUUUUUGGGUUUGGGUUUGGGUUUGGGUUUGGGUUUGGGUUUGGGUUUGGGUUUGGGUUUGGGUUUGGGUUUGGGUUUGGGUUUGGGUUUGGGUUUGGGUUUGGGUUUGGGUUUGGGUUUGGGUUUGGGUUUGGGUUUGGGUUUGGGUUUGGGUUUGGGUUUGGGUUUGGGUUUGGGUUUGGGUUUGGGUUUGGGUUUGGGUUUGGGUUUGGGUUUGGGUUUGGGUUUGGGUUUGGGUUUGGGUUUGGGUUUGGGUUUGGGUUUGGGUUUGGGUUUGGGUUUGGGUUUGGGUUUGGGUUUGGGUUUGGGUUUGGGUUUGGGUUUGGGUUUGGGUUUGGGUUUGGGUUUGGGUUUGGGUUUGGGUUUGGGUUUGGGUUUGGGUUUGGGUUUGGGUUUGGGUUUGGGUUUGGGUUUGGGUUUGGGUUUGGGUUUGGGUUUGGGUUUGGGUUUGGGUUUGGGUUUGGGUUUGGGUUUGGGUUUGGGUUUGGGUUUGGGUUUGGGUUUGGGUUUGGGUUUGGGUUUGGGUUUGGGUUUGGGUUUGGGUUUGGGUUUGGGUUUGGGUUUGGGUUUGGGUUUGGGUUUGGGUUUGGGUUUGGGUUUGGGUUUGGGUUUGGGUUUGGGUUUGGGUUUGGGUUUGGGUUUGGGUUUGGGUUUGGGUUUGGGUUUGGGUUUGGGUUUGGGUUUGGGUUUGGGUUUGGGUUUGGGUUUGGGUUUGGGUUUGGGUUUGGGUUUGGGUUUGGGUUUGGGUUUGGGUUUGGGUUUGGGUUUGGGUUUGGGUUUGGGUUUGGGUUUGGGUUUGGGUUUGGGUUUGGGUUUGGGUUUGGGUUUGGGCAAU